ACCAGGAGGCCGAGACUGGGAAGGAACAUUAGGGGGAAGAAAACAAUGGUGUCAAAUUUUUGUUACAGUAGUGGAUCUGUGGCUAUAAAGACCACCCCUCUCAUUCAUUCACCUGCAGUGUCUUCCUCGUUCUGUUACUCUCUUAGCUUUUCAAAGGUGCUUCAGCGGCGCUAUAGUUCUGUUGGUACUCGAAUCGGGCAUUCCCGGUAUUGGCUUUCAAGAGAAGCGAGCGCAGAGAGGUAUAUAAGGAAAAGAAACGGGAAGAAGCAGAAGUAGAAGAAGAAGAAGCAAUGACGAUCAAACCGGCGAUUCGGAUCGCCGACCGGAAGCUGAUCGUGAGGAACCGUACGAUCCUGACGGGAAUACCGGACAAUGUAAUCGCUACGUCCGGUUCGACAUCCGGUCCGGUGGAGGGUGUGUUUUUGGGAGCGGCUUUCGAGGAGAAUAAAAGCAGGCACGUGGUGCCGCUGGGAAUCCUAAGAGACGUCCGGUUCGUGGCGUGCUUUAGGUUCAAGUUAUGGUGGAUGGCCCAGAAGAUGGGCGAUAAAGGGGAGGAUAUUCCCCUGGAGACGCAGUUCCUACUGCUCGAGACCAAGGAUGGGUCCCAUCUCGAAUCCAACGAUGGAAACGAGGAGAACCAGAUCGUGUACACGGUUUUCCUUCCUUUGAUUGAAGGCUCUUUCCGGGCUUGUCUACAAGGCAAUGCUCAAGACGAGCUCGAGCUCUGCCUAGAGAGCGGUGACGUGGACACGAAAGCGUCGUCGUUUACACACUCGUUGUUCAUCAGCGCAGGGACCGAUCCUUUCGAGACGAUCAGCGAUGCGAUCAGGGCCGUUAAAUUGCAUCUGAAGACAUUUCGUCAACGACACGAGAAAAAAUUGGCUGGGAUCGUUGACUACUUCGGCUGGUGCACCUGGGACGCGUUUUACCAGGAGGUGACCCAAGAAGGCGUCGAGGCUGGCCUUGAAUCUCUCUCCGCCGGUGGGACCCCUCCAAAGUUUGUGAUCAUCGACGAUGGAUGGCAGUCGGUCUGCGGUGACCCACAGGAUGAGAAGGAGGGCGAACAGAGCGAGAAGAAACCGGAGCCGUUGCUUAGGCUGACCGGGAUCAAAGAAAACUCCAAAUUCCAAACGAGAGAUGAUCCAGCGGUGGGGAUUAAGAAUAUCGUGAACAUAGCGAAAGAGAAGUAUGGGUUAAAGUAUGUGUACGUGUGGCACGCGAUUACAGGGUAUUGGGGUGGGGUCCGGCCAGGAGAGAAGGAGACGGAGCAAUACGAGUCGUCGAUGAAGUACCCGAAGGUGUCAAAGGGUGUGGUGGAGAAUGAUCCGACAUGGAAGACCGAUGUCAUGGCGGUUCAGGGACUGGGCCUGGUGAACCCAGGGAAUGUGUACAGGUUUUACAACGAGUUGCACAGUUACUUGGCGUCUGCGGGUGUAGAUGGUGUUAAGGUGGACGUGCAGUGCAUAUUGGAGACCCUCGGUGCGGGUCUGGGUGGUCGGGUGGAGUUGACCCGGCAGUAUCAUCAGGCCCUCGACGCCUCUGUGGCUCGAAAUUUCCCGGACAAUGGGUGCAUUGCUUGCAUGAGCCACAAUACUGAUGCACUUUACUGCUCGAAACAAACGGGUGUGAUGAGAGCAUCAGAUGAUUUCUUCCCGCGUGAUGCGACAUCACACACCAUCCACAUUGCAGCGGUGGCAUACAACAGCCUGUUCUUGGGGGAGUUUAUGCAGCCUGAUUGGGACAUGUUCCACUCUCUCCACCCAGCGGCUGAGUACCACGGAUCAGCCAGGGCAAUCAGCGGUGGGCCUCUCUACGUUAGUGAUGCGCCUGGGAAGCACAAUUUCGAGCUCUUAAAGAAGCUGGUGCUGCCUGAUGGUUCUAUUCUCCGAGCCCGCUUGCCUGGUCGGCCCACUAGAGAUUGUUUGUUCACUGACCCAGCUCGCGAUGGUGUUAGCUUGUUGAAGAUAUGGAACAUGAACAAGUACACAGGAGUACUGGGUGUGUACAACUGCCAAGGAGCGGCAUGGAAUAGCAUAGAAAGAAAGAACACGUUCCAUGAAACCAAAUCCGAGGCUAUGACAGGAUCUGUUAGGGGCCGUGACGUCCAUCUCAUAACCGAGGCCGCAACCGACCCCAAUUGGAAUGGUGAUUGUGCCGUAUACUGUCACCAGUCUGGCGAGCUCGUCACCCUUCCUUACAAUGCAUCCAUGCCCGUGUCGCUCAAGGUCCUCGAGCAUGACAUUUUCACUGUCACACCCAUUAAGGUUUUGGCACCCGGAUUCCGUUUCGCUCCCUUGGGACUUAUUAUGAUGUUCAAUGGUGGUGGAGCUAUUGAAGGGCUGAGAUACGAGGUGAAAGGCGGGGCUAAGAUGGUAGAACUCGAAAGCGGGAAUGAAGGAGAAGGGAAUGGUGUGGCUGGAGAAAAGGUGGAGAAUAAUAGCUCGGAGUUGGUUGGAAUAGUUCACAUGGAGGUCAAAGGGUGUGGCAAAUUUGGUGCUUAUUCGUCGGCCAGGCCACGGAGGUGCACGGUGGGUUCGAGCGGGGUUGAUUUCGUGUAUGAUUCGGAUUCUGGGUUGGUGACUUUGAGCUUGGAUCAGUUGCCUGAGGAGGGUCGGAAGGUUCACAUUGUUGAGGUUGAGUUGUAAGUUAUUCUUUGUCUUAAGAGUUAGGUAAGAGGUGGAGGGGAAAAUGUUGGGGGAAUUGGGAUUGUGAUAAGAGUGAUCUACCAUUUGUCUGUUGUAUUUUAACCUUCUCAUUGUUGUAUUUUGAAGUUCAUGGAAGGUUGGGAGGGAAAGAAAUCCGAAUAAAGUUUCUUUAUGUUGCUUAAUC